UGGCCUGUAUUAUACAGGGGUGUCGUCUAUAGAAACGUUCACCAGGUGCCGCAGCACCUACAGGUGCAUGUGUGAUGCCAAAGAGGGAAGAAGUAGACGGGUGGAGAUCCCCCCGAGUUCACAAAUCUCCGGCCAGGGCACUCAGUAAAGGUUUGGUCCGAAAAGCAAACGUCGAAGCACUCUGUUCUCCUUUGUUCAAAGGCGUCCAGGGGACCCGGGUACCAGGAUGUGUGCUUUCAGGCUCGGGAGCUUACCGAUCACUGGUGCCCACAGGUUCGGAAGCCGACGAGGCUGCCCUGCAGGAGCCCAGGCUGCGGCUCCUGCUGGCUGGGAGGUCAGGGACUGGGAAGAGCGCCACGGGCAACAGCAUCCUGGGCCAGAAGCACUUCGUCUCCAGGCUCGGGGCGACGUCGGUGACCCGGACCUGCGCCGCGGGCAGCUGCAGGUGGGCCAAGUGGGACGUGGAGAUCAUUGACACCCCGGACCUCUUCGGCUCCGAGGUCUCCCAGACAGACCCGGGCUGCGCGGAGCGAGGCCGCUGCUACCUGCUCUCGGCGCCGGGGCCCCACGCCCUGCUCCUGGUGACCCAGCUGGGCCGCUUCACGGCCCAGGACCAGCAGGCCUGGAGCGGGGUGAAGGCGCUGUUCGGCGACGGCAUCGUGACGCGCACCAUCGUGGUCUUCACCCGCGAGGAGGACCUGGCCGGGGGCUCGCUGCAGCAUUACGUGCGCGACACCGGCAACCGCGCGCUCCGGGAGCUGGUGGCCGAGUGCGGGGGCCGAUUCUGCGCCUUCGACAACCGCGCCGCCGGCGGGAAGCGAGAGGCGCAGGUGGCGGCGCUGAUGGGGCUGGUGGAGGAGCUGGUGAGGGAGCACGGCGGCGCCCCUUACACCAACGACCUGUACAGCCUGGCGCAGGCCCUGGACGGCGCGGACCCCGCGGAGAGGCUGCGCAGGGUGGCGGAGCGAGUGGCCGUCCGCGCGCAGAGGCGGCGGGAGCGCUGGCCGCUCGCCUGGCGGUGGCGGUGGCCCAAGGCGCCGGGGACCUGGUGUAAGUUGGGCGUGUGCAGCCUGCUGGGCGCCCUGGUCCUGCUCUGCCUGCUCUACAGGCACCGGCCAGAGGCCGCGACAGCCGCGCCCCGGGACGUUCGGCCGCGCGCUCGCGCCGCCCGCCGGCACCCAGCCCGCCGCGCCGCGCCCGGUGUUCUCAGGCCUUACCAAGUCCCAUAUGGACCCUUGCUUUUUAUUCCUUUCCUUUUUUUUUUAUUCCAGAAGAGAAUGGAAGGGCUUCAGAGGAGCAGAUACAGAACUAUGGCUGAAGGUGCAGUAGGACAUGAGCGGUUUGCAACCUCGUCCUCACUGCGGAUCAUCCUGGUGGGUAAAACAGGCAGCGGCAAAAGUGCCACCGGGAACAGCAUCCUGUGCCAGCCGGUGUUUGAGUCCAGGCUGGCGUCCCAGUCGGUGACCAGGAAGUGUCAGGGGGCAACGGGCACGUUGAACGGGAGGAGCGUCCUGGUGGUGGACACGCCCCCCAUCUUUGAGGCGAGGGCCCCGGACCAAGAGGCGUACGAGAACAUCGCGGACUGCUACCUGCUCUCGGCCCCGGGGCCUCACGUGCUGCUGCUGGUGACCCAGCUGGGGCGCUUCACGGAGCAGGACGUGGUGGCCGUGGCCAGGGUGAAGGAGGUCUUUGGGGCGAGAGCCCUGAGACACACGGUCCUCCUCUUCACCCACCAGGAGGACUUGGCGGACGGCUCGUUGCAUGACUACGUAGCCAACACGGACAACCUCAGGCUGAGGGAGCUGGUCCGGGAGUGCGGGCAGAGGUACUGCGCCUUCAACAACCGGGCCUCCGGGGACGGACAGAGGCAGCAGCUGGCCGCGCUGGCGGCCGUGGUCGAGGGGCUGCAGAGGGAGCACCGGGGCGCCUACCUCAGCAACGACCUCUUCUUCGAUGCGCAGCGGCUCCAGCAGGGCGGGGGCGACCCCCGUGGAGAAGGUCGCGUGCGCUACCUGGCCGAGGUGCGGGCGCAUGUGGCAAAGCAAAAGCGAGACCUGCAAGAGGCCCGGAGGACCCGUGUCUUCAAGGCGCUGCUCCAAGUCAAAAACUGGCUCGUGGUGCAUGAUGAGCUUUGUGUUUGUCUGGUUUGGGGCAGCUUACUUUUCCUUCUUAUUCUGCUGAUCAUCUGGUAUCAUCUUUAAUUCUCUGUCUCAUCUGUUUGUCGGAGCCUUUUCUAAAGUAUCACUUCAGGGAUUCCUUGUUCAUUUCCGAAACAAAUUCUGUUGGUCUGCAAAGGACCUGGUCU